UUUUUGCACGACUUGCUCAGAUUUAGAUUCCAAAGGGCUCUUUAUUUGCUGCUUAGCUGUGUAUUUAAUUGCUAUUUAUGACUCACUCGAAUGCAUGUAAUCACUACACAACCAAAACGGCUCGAAGGACAGAGAUGUUGUACCUUGACAGAUUGGGGCGUUUUUUUUUUUGAGUAGUCCCAUGUAUGGAGUCUAGAGAAAUUUUAACUUAAUUCAACCGAAUUCAAGUGUAAUCAAAAUUUGUCUACUACUAGUUAGAUUUUAUGCCAAUCUAUACGUAAGCCCUUUUAACAUAGCCAAUAAACUCAACCAUAUUCCCACAAUAAACACAUGAUAAAUAUGUAUAUCAAAAACAAAUUCCAAAGCAUGUCGUUUUACUAAAAGCACAUUUUGAGAACUAGGGGCUGAGGGGCCCCGGGCACACAGCUUCAACACGGCAAGUUACAGAAGUCGCCAGCGGCAGCACCGCGAUGCCACCAGUAGCUAACUUUAGAGGCCGCUCCGCUUUGCCAGCGGGAGAUCAACCUGCUGGUUUCAAGAAAUUCAAAGAUGUUCGGGCCAAGAACUCGCCCAAGCGUUUGCAGCAGAACGCACAAAAGAAGAAGAAAAUGGAUCGGAAAUACAUCCAGAAACUGCUGAGCUCCAUUAAGAAGAAGUAUAAAAUAAACAAAAGUCCUCACUUUAAGCGCAGGUUGGAGUUUCGAAAGGAUCCGCCGGUUGAGGCAAAAGUGUUGCCCAAGCCCAAGUUUUAUAGACCUCCGAAGGCGAAUGGCGGCUCAACUCCGAAUCAUCAAAAUGAUACCAUUGAGGAUGGUGAAAUAAUUGAGGAGUUACAAAGCAGCGAUGACGAUGACUGUGUGCUGCUGGACCCCCCAACGGCCUUCAUAAGCAUCGAUGAAGAUGAGAGGGAUGACAAGCCCUCUACCAGUGACAAAAAGUUAAAGGCCUGCAAGCGUCGUGCCGAAUUGCUCACCUCACCUCAUCAAAUACUGUUCAAAGACUGCCAUCGCGAGACGGCGCUUCUGAGGAAAUCGAAACCAGAGAAAAAAUUGUUGUAUUCCACGAUGGCCAAAAAGGCCUGUCCAAAUGCCUCGUGCAUCGUCUUAGAUGACAGCUUCGAAUCGCCAAAGCCGAAGAAAAGCCUAACAAUGGACGAUUCUGUCAUUGUUAUCGAUGAUACUGCUACGGAGGACGACUUCAUUCCGUUGCCACCCGACGAGCCAAAAGAAAACAGGUCCAAAAAUAAUAAAAAGAAAAUCAAGAGGAGGAACAACCGCAUGAACGACAGCCUGUUCACUACCGCCGAAAAGAAGGAGCUUGGUAAGUACAAUAUGAACACAUUCAACCCCACCGAUGAAUCCGAGGAGACUGAUAACGAGCCGAAAUCAAAUAAAAGAGCGGUGAUCAUCGAUGGCAGCAAUGUGGCCUUUGCACAUGGCAAUUCCAACAUAUUCUCCUCGGAGGGAAUCAAAUACUGCCUGCAGUAUUUUGAUAAAAUGGGCCAUAAUGUCAAGGCUGUGAUUCCGAUGUUCCGCAAAAAUGCGACCAAAUCCUCGAAUCCUGAACUACUGGAUAAGCUGCACAAGGAGGGUAAGAUUGUGUUUACGCCAUGCAAGAACUUGCCUGGUCAAAUGUCCACCAGCUACGAUGAUCGCUUCAUAUUGCAGCUGGCGUACGAGUGGAAUGCAGCUGUGGUGUCGAAUGAUAACUACAGGGAUCUUAUUAAUGAGAAUCCAGCGUUCAAGAAGAUUGUGGAGACCCGUGUUCUUGGCUAUUCUUGGUGCGACAACAUAUUCAUACUCCCAAAGGAUCCGUAUGGACGCUGGGGGCCGACACUUGAUCAAAUACUAAAAUGUUAAUUACUUAUUUAAAUUCAUUAUUCCUUUUGUGUAAAUUCGUUCAGUUUAGUUAAAUCAGUUAAAUCAAUGAAGCGAUUUACUUUUCUUGUAUCUCUGCCCCUUCCGUGGCUCCUGCUUUCCUUUCUUGAAUCACAUCAAGAAAUGAAAAGUUAACAACGAAUUGAAGAUAAGUUGAUUUCAGCAUUUAGUUGCUUAAUCGAACAUUUAAGCAACGUUUAUUAGCACAUAAGAAUUACUGUACAAAUUUCUCGUCUAGAUAAGCAUAAGCGUGUAUAAGUAUGAAAUAAAAUGUAUGAUUUCGGA